UAUCCUGAGCAGCCCCUAACAGGCUAUUCCUUCUCUACAACUGAGAUAUGGUCAUCUUAAUUUACUUAUUUGUCUUGCUGUGGGAAGAGGCUCACGGAUGGGGAUUCAAGAAUGGAAUUUUUCAUAACUCCAUAUGGCUUGAACAAGCAGCAGGCGUGUACCACAGAGAAGCGCGGUCUGGCAAGUACAAGCUCACCUACGCAGAGGCGAAGGCGGUGUGUGAAUAUGAAGGUGGCCAUCUUGCCACCUACAAGCAGUUAGAGGCAGCCAGAAAAAUUGGAUUUCAUAUCUGUGCUGCUGGGUGGAUGGCCAAGGGCAGAGUUGGAUACCCCAUUGUGAAGCCAGGGCCCAACUGUGGAUUUGGAAAAACUGGUAUUAUUGAUUACGGAGUCCGUCUGAACAGAAGUGAAAGAUGGGAUGCUUAUUGCUACAACCCACAUGCAAAGGAGUGUGGUGGUGUCUUCACAGAUCCAAAGCAAAUUUUUAAAUCUCCAGGCUUCCCAAAUGAGUAUGAUGAUAACCAAAUCUGCUACUGGCACAUUAGACUCAAGUAUGGUCAGCGUAUUCACCUGAGUUUUUUGGACUUUGACCUUGAAGAUGACCCAGCUUGCUUGGCUGACUAUGUUGAAAUAUAUGACAGUUACGAUGAUGUCCAUGGCUUUGUGGGAAGAUACUGUGGAGAUGAGCUUCCAGAAGACAUCAUUAGUACAGGAAAUGUCAUGACCCUGAAGUUUCUAAGUGAUGCUUCAGUGACAGCAGGAGGUUUCCAAAUCAAAUAUGUUGCAGUGGAUCCUCUAUCCAAAUCCAGUCAAGGAAAGAAUACAAGUACUACUUCUCCUGGAAAUAAAAACUUUUUAGCUGGAAGAUUUAGCCAUUUAUAAAGCAAAGAAAGACAUUCCGUAUUUAUGUUUCUAUCUUUUGGAGCCCCUUUGAUCUCACUUUUAUAUUAUUAUUAUUAUUAACAUUUAUUUAUUAUUUUUCUAAAUGUGAAAGCAAUACCUGAUAAUUUGGGAAAAAUUGGAAAAUACGGAAAACUUUAAAUGAGAGAAUAAA